AUGGCACAUGAUUCUGGUCACUCCACACACACUCAUCGCGUUAGUAAGCGAACCAGUAAACACUCCUCUGCCCGGGGAGAAGAUCCGCUGGAGAAAUUAGACAGAGAGUUCUGUCACUGCAAGAUACUUCAUGAUUACCGUGCACGAAAUGCACAGGAUUCAUAUGACACCAUGGAUAAGGUGGCACGUAAACUCGUUAUGGAUAAUCUCAAGCGCGAGCUCGAUAACGUCUGCAGUCUGAUAGAUGACCAAAUAGUUCAAGAGAUUGAGACAGUACUCAAUAAUCAAGAGCUUUUUACAAUGCUCAAGAACAUUGCUGACAAGAUUCGGCAAAAUCGAGACAAAUUCGGACAAGAGCAGAAAUCGAUCCUAGACAAGGAAAGCAGUUUGAUCUCGGAAGGAGAUCGGGCUGUAGAGUCGAAGAACAAAACAGAAUUAGAAGAAGUGAUUAAAAGAUUGAAAAAAGAAUGUGGUUUAGCAGCAUGGUGGGCAGAACAGACAAAGGGCAUAAAAUAA